AUGGUUCGGAAGCUAAAGUUCCACGAACAGAAGCUGCUGAAGCAGGUAGACUUCCUGAAUUGGGAGGUCACUGACCACAACCUGCACGAGCUGCGUGUGCUGCGGCGUUAUCGUCUGCAGCGGCGUGAGGACUACACGCGUUACAACCAACUGAGCCGUGCUGUGCGCGAGCUAGCUCGGCGCCUGCGCGACCUGCCCGAGAACGACCCGUUUCGCGUGCGGUCCACGGCUGCACUGCUGGAUAAGUUGUAUGCGCUGGGCCUGGUGCCCACACGCGGCUCGCUUGAGCUCUGCAAUUUCGUUACAGCCUCGUCCUUCUGCCGCCGCCGCCUGCCCACUGUGCUUCUCAAGCUGCGCAUGGCGCAGCACCUCCAGGCCGCCGUGGCUUUCGUGGAACAGGGCCAUGUGCGCGUAGGGCCAGACGUGGUUACGGACCCCGCCUUCCUUGUCACGCGCAGCAUGGAAGAUUUCGUCACCUGGGUAGACUCGUCCAAGAUCAAGCGGCACGUGCUGGAAUACAAUGAGGAGCGUGAUGACUUCGAUCUGGAAGGCUAG